CUCCUUCCCCUCAUCCAUUUCUCUCUCUCUCCCCAGGAGAAAUUUUCACAAAGAGAGAAGCAAAAAAACUCCAUAGCCAUCACAGCUUCAAACUCUGCAGAGAGAACUGAAGCUUAACCAAGAGUGGAUUUGCAGAAAGAAUUAAUUAAUAUAAUUAUUGUGAGUGAAGAUGGUGAGAGCUCCCUGCUGUGAAAAAAUGGGUCUGAAGAGAGGGCCAUGGACUCCUGAAGAAGAUCAGAUUCUGAUCUCUUACAUUCAGAAGAACGGCCAUGGAAACUGGAGAGCUCUUCCUAAACAAGCUGGACUGUUGAGGUGCGGGAAGAGUUGCAGGCUUAGGUGGACCAACUACCUGCGACCCGACAUCAAAAGGGGGAAUUUCACCAAGGAAGAAGAGGACACCAUUAUCCAGUUACAUGAAAUGCUUGGCAAUAGAUGGUCUGCGAUUGCAGCGAGAUUGCCGGGGCGAACGGACAACGAAAUUAAAAAUGUUUGGCACACCCACUUGAAGAAGAAGCUGAAAGGCUAUCAGCCCCCUCAGAACGCCAAGAGACACCUCUCUGGCAAGGCUGCCGGCGCCGGCGACGGCGGCGCCGCCUCUAGCACGACGUCGGAGGACGACGGGAUGAAUGUUGCGGUGUCCUCGCCGGAGAGGUCGUCGUCGACGUCGACGUCGAGCGAGAUGUCGUCGGUGACGGGGGGAGUGGCGGCGGUGGACGCCGCGACGGCGGGGGUGAAGCAGGAAGACGUCAACUCGUCGCCGGAGUACGUGCCGGAGAUCGACGAGAGCUUCUGGACGGAAGAGGCGGCGGCGGGUUUGCCUUGGGUGCAAGUUGACGAGUUCCCGGUGGGCGCCAGCCUGGCGAACAGUGAAGAUGUGGACAGGAUGAUGUGGCAUACGAGAACGGAGGAUGAUGACAUGGACUUUUGGUACAACGUUUUUGUCCGGUCGGCUGGUGAAUUGCCAGAAUUACCAGAGUUCUGAUAGGCUGUAAUGCUGUAUCAUAGAGUUUAGUGAUGUUUACAAUUUAGGAAAAAAUUACACUAAAAAAAGAGAAUUUUUUCUUAACUUU